AUGGGUUACUCAACCAUUGUGGCACCAACCCUGAGACCAAAUCUGAGAAAUGCAGAGAUUUCACUCAUCCAACUCAAACUUUCUCUUAUUUUUGGUGCAACAAGGUCUCAGGCGGAGGCAUAUAUGGCACUUAAUGAUAUAGAUGCUUCAGUUGAAAGUUUCAAGAAAGCAUUAGUAUUGGAACCAAAUGAUGGUGGCAUAAAGAAAGAGCUCGCUGCAGCAAAGAAGAAGGCUAGUGACUUUUCUUUAUAUGAUUCUUUGAUUGCACAUGUAGACUUUUUUUCCAAACUCUCUGUGUAUGUGAUUAAUAGUUACAAUCAUCUGCAGAUUGCUGAUAGACGUGAUCAGGAGAAAAAGGCUUACUCAAGAAUGUUCCAGUAA